AUGUCUCAGCCACGGCCCGUCUCCCAGGCUCGUUAUGAGCGGACGAGGGAAGAAGUCGCUGAACUGAAAGCUGCGCGACGAGCUGAGAUAGAGCGACGAGCCUCGCAGCUUGAUCCGCCUUUGUCGGCCAGCAUUCUUGCACAUAUUCCUUCUUUUCAGGCAGCCAUCCAGAUCAUCACCCCUCUUGACGAUAAAGCAUGGGAUCUUCUGAAACCGAGACUGCUAGCUCAGAGGGCUGAUGCCGAACAACGUGAAAAGGAGAUGGUCGCUCAAGCACGCGUCAAGCAAGAGCUAGACGAGAAGCGUAAUCUGGAAACGGCCAAAGAUGUAAGAGAAGUAUUGGAUGCCGAUUGGGAUGACAUACAAGCUCCCGUUAGAGCCCGCAUCGCUGGGUACGCAGAUGAGAUCAUUCGGAACAGUUGGGAUGAUGGCGAUAAGGUUACAAAGGACAACAGCCCGAAAUUCGCUGUCGAGGUUCUAGGUUAUAUUCGAAAGCGAUUCUACGCCGAAAUCGCGAAGGAUGCCGCGGCAGCUCGAGCUGCUGGAGAGGAGCCUAUUGUAGAUCCUCUUCAAGGUCCAUUCACUCAGAAGCUGACUCUUGAGAACAUGAAGUGGAUAUUCGACACAAAGAUUAAACCGCACACCGAGCCAUAUCGGAAGGAACUGUUUUUGUGUAAUGGAUCUCAGGCAACAUUGUGGUCCAUUGGAGGGCAGAAUGGCCCGAAGUACCUCCUUUCACCUCAGAGGCAAGGCAUGCGAACAACAGCUACUACAAUCAAGGUGCUGCCCCUGCCUACCCUCAGGGUGCAACCGGCCCUCCACCUCAGUAUGGGUACAACGCGUAUCAGCAAGGACCGUUAA